GCUAGUUAUCGCGAGACUAGCAUCCAGUCCUCUUGCUGAAUCCAGCUGGGAUCCUGCCUGCAGUUAACGGGUUGCAAUAAGAGCCGCUGGUCAUCAUGGGAAACAUCUUUGGGAACCUGCUGAAGAGCCUGAUAGGCAAAAAAGAAAUGAGGAUUCUCAUGGUGGGGCUGGACGCUGCUGGGAAGACCACCAUCCUCUACAAGCUGAAGUUGGGGGAGAUCGUCACCACCAUCCCCACAAUAGGGUUUAAUGUGGAGACAGUGGAAUACAAAAACAUCAGCUUCACUGUGUGGGACGUGGGCGGCCAGGACAAGAUCCGUCCCCUUUGGAGACACUACUUCCAGAACACACAAGGUUUGAUCUUUGUGGUGGACAGCAAUGACCGGGAGCGAGUCAACGAAGCCCGUGAGGAACUGAUGAGGAUGCUGGCUGAGGACGAGCUGCGGGACGCUGUUCUCCUCGUCUUCGCUAACAAACAGGACCUGCCCAACGCCAUGAACGCCGCAGAGAUCACAGACAAGCUGGGCCUGCACUCCUUACGCCACCGCAACUGGUACAUCCAGGCCACCUGCGCCACCAGCGGGGACGGCCUGUACGAGGGCCUGGACUGGCUGGCCAAUCAGCUGAAGAACAAAAAGUGAAGGGGGAAGAGCCUGGGUGCCAGCUCCAGGUGGUCUUUACAGUGGGUCUGUUGUGUUUACCUAAAGAUGAAAAGACUAAAACAAAAGCUCCAGGGGGGAGUUACUCUCAAUGGCUUUCUCCCCCUGCAAAUAUUGAUUAUAUUUAUUUCCAUACUUUGAUUC